ACUAUGGUUCACAAAUCAUUAGCGAAGGAUUGCAUUGGAACUGCGGUCCGUGGGUCUUCUCUCCCAGCAUAACCGAAGUAAGUGGAGGUCGGGGAUGCGAAUCGGCUGGCGCUCACUGUGAGCAGAACCCCAGACUCCCGACCUCGACUUCCGUGUGCUGCCUUUGCCUCGGGGAUGCCCUCAUUGAGCGCCCAUCAUAAAUAUGUCCCCAGAAUGCGUUGCGAUGGCCUUUGUUUGACUUCAGCGGCCAUGGACUAAUCGAGGUCCUCUGUUUCAAGUCAGAAUCAACGGUCUAAACCGGUCUAAACUCUUGUCUCCCAAGACUCAGAGCUUCGUAAUACCCGCCCCGCCUUCAUCUACCGCCAACGACAUCCCGUCAUCAUGAUCACCGACUUCCUUACGCCUGAAAACAUCACUCCCGAGAGGAUUGCCCUUGCUCUUCUGGGACUGCUGGCCGCCUACUAUGUCGUUCCGUAUCUCCAGACAUGGCGAUUGAGUGACAUUCCUGCGCCGGGCCUGGCUGCCUGGACCAAUUUCUGGCUGCUCCUUCAGACUCGCCUGGGUCAUCGCUUCAUCUCCGUGGACAAUGCUCACAAGAAAUACGGCAAACUCGUCCGCAUCGCUCCCCGCCACAUCUCCAUUGCCGAUGAUGCAGCUAUCCAGGCUGUCUAUGGACACGGAAAUGGGUUUCUGAAGUCUGAUUUCUAUGAUGCUUUCGUCUCCAUUCGCCGUGGUCUGUUCAACACCCGGGACCGUGCGGAGCACACCCGCAAGCGCAAGACGGUAUCGCACACCUUCUCGGCCAAGUCGAUUGGUCAGUUUGAGCAGUACAUUCACCACAACAUUGAGAACCUGGUCAAACAGUUGACCCGCAUCUCGAAUCUUCAGCGGAACCCCAAGAACGGCUACGCUACCGUCGAUGCUCUGAACUGGUUCAACUUUGUCGCCUUCGACAUCAUCGGUGAUCUCGCUUUCGGUGCUCCGUUCGGUAUGCUCGACAAGGGCCAGGAUAUUGCCGAGAUGCGCAAGUCUCCCGACUCCCCUCCCCAGUACGUCCAAGCUGUGGAGGUUCUGAACCGCCGCGGCGAGGUCUCUGCUACUCUUGGAUGCUACCCUGCCCUGAAGCCGUUUGCCAAGUACUUGCCCGACCGUUUCUUCCGUGAUGGUCUCGAGGCUGUUGAGAACCUAGCUGGAAUUGCCAUCGCCUGUGUCAACGAGCGUCUCAAGCCCGAGGUCAUGGCCAACAACACCCGUGUCGAUCUUCUUGCUCGCCUGAUGGAGGGAAAGGAUGCCAACGGCAACAAACUCGGCCGUGCUGAACUUACCGCUGAAGCUUUAACCCAGUUGAUUGCCGGCUCUGAUACUACCUCCAACACGUCCUGCGCCAUCCUUUACUACUGCCUCCGUACCCCUGGUGUUAUUGACAAACUCCACAAGGUUCUCGACGAAGCCAUCCCCCAAGACGUUGAAGUUCCAACCCACGCCAUGGUCAAGGAAAUCCCUUACCUCCAAUGGGUCAUCUGGGAAACCAUGCGCAUCCACAGCACCUCGGCCAUGGGUCUUCCCCGCGAGAUCCCUGAAGGCAACCCGCCCGUGGAAAUCAGCGGCCACAUCUUCAAGCCCGGUGACAUUCUUUCCGUCCCCACUUACACGAUCCACCACUCCAAGGAAAUCUGGGGCGCUGAUGCCGACGAGUUCAUUCCCGAGCGCUGGGCUCCCGAGCGCCUCACUGCCCGCCAGAAGGCCGCCUUCAUCCCCUUCAGCACUGGUCCCCGUGCUUGCGUUGGCCGCAACGUCGCCGAAAUGGAACUCCUUGUCAUUUGCUCCACUGUCUUCCGCAUGUUUGACUGGGAGCUGCAGCAGAAGGGGCCGAUGGAGACCCGUGAAGGUUUCCUGAGGAAGCCUCUGGGCUUGACAGUUGGUGUUAAAAGGAGGACGAUUGUUUAA